CCCCCGCCUCGCCCCGCGCGUCGCCGCCGUCCGCUUACCAUGAGGCCGGUGAGCCGCCGCUGUCUGGAUUGGAUUUAUUCCGUGCUGCUGCUAACGGUCGUGGCGCUCUCGUGGGGAUCCGUCAUCUACGCCUCCACCGUGGCCGCCCGGAGACAGCUGCACCGAGAAUACCCCGACAAGAUCUGGGGCAUGAAGGAGCUCUUCUGAGGCGCCCGGAGUCAGCCCCUGACCGUGGGGUUCCUUCCCUCAUGUAGGGCUCGAAAGCGUAUAAAGUUCAGUUUCCAGA